AUGGCUGGGGUCUCCUGCCAGCGGGUCAGGGCUGGGGCGGCAGCGGCCCUGAAAUCAGCGGGCUCAGGGCGGGAACAUAAAUAUUCUGUUGUGGUGUCCGGAGAGAGUGAUGCGGGCCCGAAGCCCCCCCUGAAGAGGCCGCCGAGGGCGGGCCAGCGCCCAAGUGCCAAGCGGGACCGAAAGGCCAUCAACCUGCAGGUGAAGCUGGAGGUCCUGCGGCGCUUCGAAGCCGGAGAGAAGCUCAGCCGAAUCGGGAGGGCACUGGGUCUCUCCACCUCCACUGUGGCCACCAUUCGUGACAACAAGGACAAGAUCCGAGCGAGUUCCCAGGCGGCCACCCCGCACGCGGCCUGUAAGCUGACGCGCAGCCGCAGCCUGGUGAUGGAGAACAUGGAGCGGCUGCUGAGCGUGUGGAUCGAGGACCAGAACCGGCGUGACGUGCCGGUCAGCGUGGUGCUCGUCCAGGAGAAGGCCCGCAGCCUGUUUGAGGAGCUCAAGCGGGCGCAGGGUGAGGGCUCCGAGGCGGAGACUUUCGGCGCCAGCCGCGGCUGGUUCGCGCGCUUCAAGGCGCGGCACGGGCUGCGCAUCCUCGGGGCUGGAGGCGAGGCGGCGCGCGCAGACGCAGAGGCUGCGCGCAGGUAUCCGGCGCUGCUGCGGAGGGUGUUCAACGUGGACGAGACCCGGCUCUUCUGGAGGCGGCUGCCGGGCAGGACGGGCCCUUCCAUGGCGGAGAAGCCAGGCCCCGGGUUCACAGCCGCCCAAGAUCUCCUGACCCUGCUGCUCGGCAGCAACGCCGCCGGCGACUUCAAGCUGAAGCCGCUGCUGGUGUACCCCUCAGAGAACCCGCGCGCCCUCCGGGGCUUCUCCAAGCCCAACCUGCCCGUGCUGUGGCGCUCGCACAGGAAGGCCUGGGUCACUGUGAGCCUCUUCCAGGAGUGGUUCGUGCACUUCUUCUGCCCCGCUGUGGAGAGGUACUGCGCCCGGCACGGGCUCCCGUAUAAAGCUCUGCUCGUCCUGGACAGCACUCCCGGCCGCCCAGGGAACCUGGACGACCUCUCCGACCACGUGCGCGUGGAGUACCUGCCCAAGGACACCACGGCCCUCAUCCAGCCCAUGACCCAGGACGUGGUCGCCACGUUCAAGGCCUGCUACCUGCAGAGGGUCUUCCGCCUCUUGGCGGCGAGGGCGGGAGGCGCUGGCGAGCGGUCAGCGGCCUCGGACUUCUGGCGGGACUAUAGCAUCCUGGACGCUGUGCACAACAUCUUCGAGUCCUGGGAGGAGGUUCCGCCCGCGACGUUGAACCAGGGUUGGAGGAAGCUGUGGCCCGAGUGCCUCCAGCACGACGCCAGCCCCCGACCCGGGGAGGCCCUCCCGCAGAUCAGGCGGGACGUCGUGGCGCUGGCGCACGGCUUGGGUUUCGGGGAGGUGGCAGAGGCGGAUGUGGCUGAGCUGCUGCCGAGCCAGGGCGCAGACCUGUCCAAUGAGGAGCUGGUGGGGCUGGAGCAGGAGCUGGCAGCCGGGGAGGAGGGUGAGGACAGCUCGACGGCUUCCCGCCAGCUCACGGCCAGGUACCUGGCCAAGGCCCUAGCACAUUUCGAUGCUGGCCUGCAGAUCGUCAGGGACAACGAUCCCAACCUGGAGCGCAGCCUCCGCGUCUGCCGGGGCGUGAACAACGUGAUCAGCUACUAUCGGGAGCUCUUCAAGGAGAAGAGAGGCCCCAAAUAG